GUGGUUUUCGGUAUAUACUCCAACGUACAACCCUCUCUCUCUGCAUUUCCUCUCUCUCUCUCUCUUUUUGAAGAGUGAGAUAAAAGUUAUCGUUACCCCGCCUCUACCCUUGAUCUCUUCUCACCUCUCUCUCUCUCUCUCUCUCUCCUCGCCGGCGGAGGAAAAACUGAGAAAUACACGACCUAUCCCCCACCCCCCCCUCUCUCUACAGCCUUCCUUCAAUCAGAUCCUCCGACAUUCGUACAGUACAGAGAUUUACACGGAUAGGUUACCGCAAUGUCGACGGAGGACGAGAAGUUGUUGAAGGAGGCGAAGAAACUGCCGUGGGAGGAUCGAUUGACGCACAAGAACUGGAAGGUGAGGAACGACGCCAACGUCGACCUUGCCGCUCUCUGCGAUUCCAUAUCCGAUCCCAAGGACCCCCGCCUCCGCGAAUUCGGAUCCUUCUUUAGAAAAACUGUUGCGGAUUCGAAUGCGCCGGUGCAGGAAAAGGCUCUUGAUGCAUUGAUUUCAUUCUUGAAAGCUGCUGAUGCUGAUGUUGGAAGAUAUGCGAAAGAAGUAUGUGAUGCAAUCAUAGCAAAAUGCUUGACGGGUAGACCAAAAACUGUUGAGAAGUCGCAGAUGGUUUUCAUGCUGUGGAUAGAGCUGGAGGCAGUGGAAGCUUUCCUGGAUGCUAUGGAGAAAGCUAUUAAAAACAAAGUAGCUAAAGCAGUUGUUCCAGCAAUCGAUGUCAUGUUUCAAGCUUUAAGUGAAUUUGGGGCAAAGAUAGUACCCCCUAAAAGAAUUUUAAAGAUGCUGCCUGAACUCUUCGAUCACCAAGACCAAAAUGUCCGUGCUUCAUCCAAAGGAUUGACUCUUGAGCUUUGUCGUUGGAUUGGGAAAGAACCAGUGAAGUCAAUUUUGUUUGAGAAAAUGCGGGAUACGAUGAAAAAAGAGUUGGAGGCUGAGCUUGUCAAUGUCAGUGGAACAGCUAGACCAUCCCGCAAAAUAAGAUCUGAGCAAGACAAGGAACCAGAGCAAGAAGCUGUGCCUGAAGUUGUGGGCUCUGGCCCUUCUGAAGAAUCUGUUGCAGAUGCUCCUCAGGAAAUUGAUGAGUAUGAACUUGUUGAUCCUGUUGAUAUAUUGACUCCAUUGGAGAAGACAGGAUUUUGGGAGGGAGUGAAAGCUGCCAAGUGGUCAGAGCGAAAGGAGGCUGUUGCUGAGCUAACCAAGCUUGCGUCGACCAAAAGGAUAGCUCCUGGUGAUUUCACUGAAAUCUGCCGGACACUUAAGAAGCUUAUUAUAGAUGUCAACAUAGCUGUUGCAGUUGAAGCCAUCCAGGCAAUUGGGAAUCUUGCCAGGGGCUUAAGAACACAUUUCUCAGGAAAUUCACGCUUCUUAUUACCCAUUUUACUUGAAAAACUGAAAGAGAAAAAGCCCACUUUGACUGACGCACUUAGUCAAACUCUCCAUGCAAUGUACAAGUCUGGGUGUUUGAAUCUUGCAGACAUUGUCGAAGAUGUAAAGGCAGCUACAAAAAAUAAAGUUCCUCUUGUGCGUUCAUUGACAUUAAACUGGGUGUCUCUUUGUAUUGAGACUAGCAACAAGACCAUUGUUCUCAAAGUUCACAAGGAGUAUGUUCUGAUAUGCAUGGAGUGCCUUAAUGAUGGGACUCCAGAAGUGAGGGAUGCAGCCUUUUCUGCUUUGGCAGCAGUGGCGAAGUUGGUUGGCAUGAGGCCUUUAGAAAAAUCGUUGGAGAAACUUGACGAUGUUAGAAAAAAGAAGCUUUCAGAGAUGAUUGGGAGUUCUGGAACUGGUCCAGUUGGUACAAGCUCAGCUAUAACUUCAGGUGGAAGCAGUUCUGCUGCAGAGGCUUCAGAAGGAUCAUUUGUCAGAAGGUCGGCAGCAAGUAUGCUUAGUGGGAAGAAGCCUGUUCAAUCGGCGCCCGCUAGUAAGAAAGGAGCGGCUGCAAAAACCGGUGUGAGUAAGAAAGUGGAUGCUGCUGGACAGUUAAAAACAUCCAAGUUAGUUGAAGCUGAAGAUGUUGAGCCAGCUGAUAUGAGUCUUGAAGAGAUUGAAAGCAGAUUAGGUUCUCUUAUACAUGCAGACACUAUUUCACAAUUGAAGAGUGCUGUAUGGAAAGAGCGGCUGGAAGCAAUUACCUCAUUUAAAGAGCAGGUGGAAGGAACACAGGAACUCGACCAGUCAGUGGAGAUCUUAAUACGUUUACUUUGUGCUGUUCCUGGAUGGAAUGAGAAAAAUGUUCAGGUCCAGCAGCAGGUUAUUGAAGUUAUCACUCAUAUAGGUUCCACCGCAUCCAAGUUUCCCAAAAAAUGUGUAGUUCUUUGCCUUGUUGGUAUAAGUGAACGUGUUGCGGAUAUAAAGACGCGUACUCAAGCUAUGAAAUGCCUUACUAUUUUUUCUGAAGCUGUAGGCCCAGGAUUUGUUUUUGAACGACUUUACAAAAUCAUGAAGGAGCAUAAGAAUCCCAAGGUGCUUAGCGAGGGUAUUCUAUGGAUGGUUUCUGCGGUUGAAGACUUCGGUGUAUCGCAUCUGAAACUAAAGGAUUUGAUUGAUUUUUGCAAAGAUACGGGUUUGCAAUCCAGUGCUGCUGCCACUCGAAAUGCCACAAUCAAACUAAUUGGUGCUUUACAUAAGUAUAUUGGUCCAGAUAUCAAAGGGUUUCUUUCAGACGUCAAGCCUGCUCUUCUUAGUGCAGUUGAAGCAGAGUGUGAAAAAAAUCCAUUCGAGGGUUCUAUAGCUCCAAAGAAAACUGUAAAGGUGUUGGAAUCAACAUCAUCAUUAUCUGGUGGUGGGUUGGAUAGCCUACCCCGUGAAGAUAUUAGUGGAAAGAUCACACCUACUUUGCUGAAGGGCUUGGAAAGUCCUGAUUGGAAGGUUCGGUUAGAAUCUAUUGAGGCUGUCAACAAAAUCUUGGAAGAGGCCAAUAAGCGGAUCCAACCUACUGGAACUGUGGAGUUAUUUGGCGCUCUUAGAGGGCGUCUAUAUGAUAGCAACAAAAAUUUGGUAACACAAACUCUUUGUACUGUUGGUGCUGUCGCAUUUGCAAUGGGACCAGCAGUUGAGAAGUCUAGCAAGGGUAUUCUAUCAGAUGUUUUGAAAUGCCUUGGUGACAACAAAAAGAAUAUGAGAGAAAGUACUUUGGCUACUUUAGAUGCUUGGCUGGCUGCUGUUCAUCUUGACAAAAUGGUUCCGUACAUCACUACUGCUUUAACAGAUGCUAAGCUUGGUGCGGAAGGGCGCAAGGAUCUUUUUGAUUGGGUAUCAAAGCAGCUUACAGGAUUAACUGAUUUUGCAGAUGCCGUGCAUUUACUAAAACCAACUGCUUCUGCUAUGACGGAUAAAUCAGCAGAUGUUCGUAAAGCUGCAGAAGUAUGCCUUGGUGAUGUUUUGAGAGUUUGUGGGCACGAAUCAGUGACCAAGAAUUUGAGAGAUAUACAAGGACCUGCCUUAGCUAUUGUUCUUGAACGACUAAGACCCAAUGGGCCUUUUCAUGAGACAAUAUCGAUGGGGCCAGCAGCCAAAAGUGGCUCAAAAGUUGCAAAAUCUAGCUCUAAUGGUCAUGGUGAUCGUAUUCAAAAACAUGGAAGCAAGGCUGUUUCUUCGAGAGGUAUUUCAACAAAGGGUUUGAGGGCUGAAUCAAUAAUGUCAAUUCAAGAUAUAACUGUUCAGUCUCAGGCUUUACUGAACGUGAGAGAGUCUAAUAAGGAUGAAAGGGAGAGAUUGGUUGUCCGCAGGUUUAAAUUUGAAGAGCCACGUUUAGAACAGAUUCAGGAUCUUGAGAAUGAUCUUAUGAAGUAUUUCAGAGAGGAUUUGCAUCGAAGGCUUCUGAGCACAGACUUCAAGAAGCAGGUUGAUGGAAUCGAGAUGCUGCAUAAGGCACUGCCAUCAAUUGGAAAGGAAAUAAUUGAAGUGCUUGAUAUACUUCUGAGGUGGUUUGUUCUACGGUUCUGUGAAUCUAACACAUCAUGCCUACUCAAGGUACUCGAAUUUCUUCCCGAACUUUUUGACAUGUUGCGGAUUGAGGGGUACACAUUGACCGAGUCAGAAGCUGCCAUUUUUCUUCCUUGUUUGAUUGAGAAGUCUGGACACAACAUUGAGAAAGUACGAGAAAAAAUGCGAGAAUUAGCAAAACAAGUUAUUCAUUCAUAUUCAGCAGCAAAAACUUUCCCUUAUGUCUUGGAGGGUUUACGUUCUAGAAACAACCGAACCCGGAUUGAGAGUGUCGAUCUGGUUGGAUUCUUGAUUGAUAGCCAUGGAGCAGAGGUUAGUGGACAGUUGAAAUCCUUGCAGGUUGUAGCAAGCUUAACAGCAGAACGAGAUGGUGAAAUUCGGAAGGCUGCUUUAAAUACUUUGGCUACUGGUUAUAAGAUUCUUGGUGAUGACAUAUGGAGAUAUGUUGGGAAGCUGACAGAUGCUCAAAGGAGCAUGUUAGAUGAUAGAUUUAAGUGGAAGGCCCGAGAGAUGGACAAAAGAAAGGAGGGAAAGCCUGGAGAAGCAAGGGCUGUUUUGAGGCGUUCUGUUAGGGAAAAUGGGGCUGAGGUAGCAGAACAAAGUGGUGAUGUCUCACGGUCUGUAUCUGGACCAAUUUUUACUAGGGACCAUAAUUCUGAGCUUCACAUGGAGAGGGCUUCCAUUCCCCGAGCAAUUGCGACUGCAGAUGGCCCUAUGGACUGGAAUGAAGCUCUUGAUAUCAUUCAGGAUGGCUCCCCUGAGCAGUCUGUUGAAGGUAUGAAAUUUAUCUGCAAUGUGCUGGUUCAAGCAACCAGCAAUCCUGAAGACAGUGCAAUGGAUGACAUUGUGAAAGAUGCUGACAGACUUGUUUCAUGCCUAGCUAAUAAGGUUGCCAAGACAUUUGACUUUAGUAUCGCAGGAGCCUCUUCAAGGUCUUGUAAAUAUGUUCUGAACACAUUAAUGCAGACUUUCCAAAACAAACGGCUAGCAGAUGCUGUGAAGGAGAGUACCCUUAAUAGUCUCGUCACUGAGCUUUUGCUUUGGCUUUUGGAUGAAAGGGUUCCCCGUAUGGAUGAUGGUGGCCAACUUCUCAAAGCAUUGAAUGUUUUGAUGCUAAAAAUCCUGGACAAUGCCGAACGGACAUCAUCGUUUGUUGUCCUGAUUAAUCUGUUACGCCCCUUGGACCCCUCGAGGUGGCCAUCGUCAGAGACAAAAGAGUCCCUGGCUGAUAGAAAUACCAAGUUCUCGGAUUUGGUUGUUAAAUGUCUUAUUAAACUCACGAAAGUUCUUCAAAGUACAAUAUAUGAGGUUGACCUUGACCGCAUCCUUCAAAGUAUCCACAUAUACCUCGAAGACCUGGGAAUGGAAGAAAUCAGAAGAAGAGCUGGAGCUGAUGACAAACCAUUGCGUAUGGUUAAAACUGUUCUGCAUGAGCUUGUUAAGCUUCGUGGGACUGCAAUCAAAGGUCAUCUUUCCAUGGUUCCAAUAGACAUGGAACCUCAACCUAUUAUUCUUGCCUACAUUGACCUUAAUCUUCAGACUCUGGCUGCUGCAAGAAUGUUGACUCCAUCUGGGCCUGUUGGCCAAACUCAUUGGCGUGAUUCAGCAGCUAACAAUCCACCGCCAACCACUACUUCUGCGGAUGCACAAUUGAAGCAAGAGCUUGCUGCAAUUUUCAAGAAAAUAGGUGACAAGCAAACUUGCACCAUCGGUUUGUAUGAAUUAUACCGUAUCACUCAGCUGUAUCCCCAGGUUGAUAUAUUUUCUCAGCUUCAAAAUGCUAGCGAGGCAUUCCGAACAUACAUUAGAGAUGGUUUAGUCCAGAUGGAGAAGAAUGAAGCUGCUGGAAGGACGCCCUCAAGUUUACCGUUGUCAACCCCUCCCCCUGCUGCCAUGAACCUUUCUUCCCCAAAGUUUGGACCUUUAUCGCCCGUUAAUGCAAAUGUACUGAACGAUAAAAGAUCUCAAAAUACCAAAGUUGAACCCUCAAAUUUUAGUUUACCACCAUCUUAUGCUGAAGAUGAGAGAGCUGUUAAUUCCAUUAUGUCGCGAGGACCCACUUCUGAUAACUCAGAGCUGAGGCAUUAUAUGGACGAGCAAAGGAAUGAUAGUUUCAUACCCGGAGUGGCUGGAGUCACAAGCGGGACGCUAGAUGCAAUAAGAGAGAGAAUGAAGAGCAUCCAGUUAGCUGCUGCUGCUGGGAAUCCGGAUUCCGGAAACAGGCCAUUAAUGAAUAUCAACGGCAAUAUAGCCCAUUCUCUUUCCAAUUUUCACACAUUGGACCGUGCUAAUCCGGAUAAUCCGGGACAGAGUGGGGUCCUUCCUAUGGAUGAGAAGGCUCUAUCUGGGCUGCAAGCCCGGAUGGAAAGGCUUAAAAGUGGGUCAAUCGAACCUCUUUAGGGACAUAGCUAAAGGACUUGGUCCAAUUCCGUGCACCUAGUCUUGUAAAUGAAGAGGUCACAACCGCGUUUAAUUAUACAGCAUUUGAAUGCGUAGUUAUUAUGCAUUUCUUGGUGCAACAACAAUUGAAAGGAAGUUUAGUUUGUAUUGUUCUUUUUGCAGCAGAGAUGUGUAGCCCAAUUGGGCGAAGUGCACAAUGAGCUAGUGUAGUAGAUUGUGCAGCACAAGUGUGGGUUCUAACUAUUUGUAUUCUGUAUAUUUUUGCUUGUAGAGCCUUCCGAAAAAUUGUCUUGUAAUUCCCCUCGGUUAUUCAAUGGUUUUUGAAUGUGUUUCUGAAA